AUGAAAUUGCCGGCGAUAAUAGGGGCACCAGGCUCCUCGACGGUACACCGUAGACAACCCCUAUUACAUACAACAACCACCGCAACGCCGCCGCCUAUGACGGCGUAUAAACGAAAAAGUGAGGUGGCGGGGCGAACGGCGGCGGAGUGUGCGACGGUGUGUUGUUGUAUUCCAUGUGCAAUGAUGAAUUUUCUCGUAUUGAUAGUGUACAAAAUUCCAACGGGAUUAUGCCAAAAAUUGUUAAGGAAGAAUAAACAGAAAAGGCUUUUGAAAAAUGAAUCUAAAUGUGGAUACAGCGGUGCCGCCAUUGAACACGGCAAGGAAUCAAAAAAUUUCAUCAUCCACGGUGGAGACGGUGGAGGUGGCGACUGCAUAGACGGCAGAGGUGAUGGCAGAGGAGGUGGAAAGACUGCAGCGGAAUCGGAAAUGGAGAUGUGGGGCCGAUUUUAUGAGGGAGGAUUUUGGAGAAAUUCAUCAGAAAAGAAAGAAGAUUGA